UUUGACAGCCGGAUAAAAACAAAACAAAAAAUAUGAAUUUUUAUUAUUAUUGUAAUUGUAAGUAAUAAUAAUUAGAUUGAUGAGUGAGUUUAGUGCUAUGGACAAUGCCGAAAUUAAAAUUGAAAGAACAUCAAUUGAAUUUGAAGAUUUUAAAAAAUUUAUUAUUGGAGAUAGGAAAUUUGACAAGCAAUACUCCAAUAUUUAUAUCGCUCGGUUAAGAGCUUUAAAAAAUAUUUUAGAAAAUAAAUCCAAAGAAAAAUGGGGGCAAUAUCAAGUAAAAACAAUAUCUCAACUUGGUGAUGAUGACGACGAUGAAAGUAAAGCAGAAAAACUAGUCAUACUUAUAGGAAUUAUUUAUAAGCAUCAAGAAUUAAAGCCGUCUAUUUUAAAAGAGCUUAGUGAUGAACUUCAAUUAAUACCACAGUUAUCAAGGUCUAAUUAUUCAUCUGAAAAAGACCAAUUAUUUCUCGAAGAUGAAAUGCUGAGAGUUAAAUUAGUAGGCAGUGAUUUAAAUCAUAAAGAAAUGGUAACAGGAUUAAUUUGCGGUGUGUUAGGUUACCAGUCCAGUGGUGGAAUAUUUAACGUCAAGGAUUAUUGUGUACCAGGAAUUUGUCCUCAAGCUUCGGAAUGUUCUCCUCUAAUGUUUCCAUCAGAAGAUAAAAUUUUAAUUUUAUUACUAUCAGGGUUAGACUUAUCUGGCAAUCCGGACUCGUUGCACUAUCAACUUUUAAGUGAAUGGAUCAGUGGGAUGGCGGGAAAUAACCAAGUUCAAGAAAACUCAGCUUUUAUUGCGCAAGUGAUAAUAGCUGGAAACAGCAUAAAAGGUUCUGUCGAAACUUAUACACACAAAGGAUACGUGGACUCAAAAAAUAAAUUUACAGCUACUACAACGAAAACAAUACUAGCAACACGUAGAUUUGAUACUUUGCUAAGUGAAAUUGUCUCGACAUCAAAUGUCAUUCUAAUGCCUGGGCAAUUUGAUCCGUCAAAUCAUUCGAUACCGCAACAACCUUUUCAUCCCUCCAUUUUACCUCUUUCUUUCAGACGUAAAAAAAAUUUAAGGUAUAAAAGCUUGUAUGCCGCCACAAAUCCUUGGAUUGGAAAAAUCGGAAGUAGAAUUUUAGCAGGCUCGAGUGGUCAACCAAUAGAAGAUAUUAUGAAAGUAGCGAAUUUAAAUGAGUAUUCACCAAUUGAUUGGUUAGAAAAAUCAUUAUACUGGAGGCACUUUGCGCCAACAGCACCCGAUACACUUGCUGCCUACCCUUACGUUGAAACUGAUCCAUUUAUCAUGGACGAAUGUCCUGAUAUUUAUUUUGUUGGGAAUACUAAUGAGUAUGCAACAAAGUGUGUUACUGGUGAUCAAGGACAAACAGUUAGACUUAUUUGUAUUCCCAAGUUUUCAAAAACACACACUGCUGUUGUUGUAGAUUUAUUGUCUUUAGAUACUUGGCCGAUAACUUUUCAGAAUUAAUAAUAUUAUUAAUGAUUUUUUUUUUAAUAUUAUUUAAUGUUCGUAGAAAAUUGUCGGGUAAUUGUUUACAAGUGGGGUUAAAUUUAUUUUUGGCUAUAAAAAAUAGAUAAA